AACUAUCUGACCGAUCACUUCCUAGCCGAGCAUAGCAGAGAGCAGUCAACCCGUCGUGUCUCUACCCGAGGCCGGAUGGUAAAAUCCAACCUCCAGCGGAUCCUAAACAGUCAUUGCUUUGCUCGCGAGAAAGAAGGAAAACAGCAGUCUACUAUCACAAUGGCGGAUUUGAGUAGCGGUAUCUGUGACAUGAUCGGGAAUUUGUCCCUGCACUGUAGUAGUACCCGCCACCCAGGGCCUCUGUGGUGCUCCGAUGCCCCUCUCCCACCCCUGAAGAUCCCAGGUGGGCGAGGGAAUGGCACACGGGAUCACACUCCUUCAGCUCGGCCGGUCUACUCAGACCGAAAGUUGACUGUAACGGAGGACCCAGCAGGGAAUGGUCGCCCUGGGAUACUCCACUUUCAAACUCACCCCACCGUUACCAAGACAAUACAGUGGGAUGCAGUGCUGAGCAGCAGCGCCCUUUAUGUGGAGAUACCCCUUGACCCGCUUCCUGAAGGCAGCAAGGAGAGUUUUGCGUCUCUCCUGGAGUAUGCCGAAGAACAUCUGAAAGUCGUUAGUGUGUUUGUCUGCUUUUACAAGAACAGAGAUGAUCGCGCUAAACUGGUGCGUACCUUCAGUUUCCUGGGCUUUGAGAUUGUGAAACCGGGCCAUGCCCUCGUCCCACCUCGACCCGACGUUUUCUUCAUGGCCUACAACUUUGAGCGGGACUCCUCGGACGAGGAGUAGCCCUCUGGAUAGCCCCUCCUCCCCCAUCCUCUCUUCCCCUUUCCCUCCCAUUAUAUGUUUGCCCAUCCCGUCCCAGCUUACCCAUAUGCACCACCGUCAGUGUUUAACCCCCGGCGGUAGGUCUCUGUAUGCAAGUCUUCAUCCCCCCCUCCCACGCUUUUUAUCCAAGGGAAUAUAUAAAAUGUGCAUCUCCUGUUUCCACCAUCUAUCUUUGUGCAUUUUAAUACAAUGUUUUCAUGAUUGAUCGGUGUCGUCACCUAAAAAGGAGGGAACAUUUGUUUUUGGGGGGAAUUAUGAUCAUAUUGCAGUUGUCAUAGCUGUAAGUAAGAAAAAUUAUUUCCAUUUCUUGUAAAGUCUUUGUUUUGUUUAUUUACUUUGAUUAUGAUCGAGUAAGAAGGAGAAAUCUUCAUUUCUUGAAUGUACAACUCAAGGUCAUCAGGUUUACACUCGGGUACUCCAGCUUUUUCUUUUUUUUGAUUGGCUUAAUAAUGACUUUGAAUUUUUGUCCAAAUACAUACAAAUACAUUUCAGCGGGACCAGUUUUAUUUUGUAGCACUGAUAUCCUUCUAAAAAGUAUUAGUAUUUUUUUUUUUACGCUUGACGUUUUGCGCGACAGCCCCAAUAAUUGGUACUUCAUAGCUGAAUAGUGAAUGCAUAUAGACUAGAGGUGGAGUGAAAAGAUAAACGCUGUUGCAUGUGUUGGUUUCAAGUUUCAAGAUCCAAUGAUGAGUGUUGGUACAAAGCGAAAGGAAAGUGAAUAAUCCAAAGUGCUUUUUGCUUCUUUCUGCCAUGUAUAUCUGACGUUAUUGUAGUGUUUUUAUUUGGAGGUUUAAAAAUGUUGCUGUGAAUGAAUUGUUUUGUCUUUUUCAUAUUUGAAUUAGCAUUCCUUUUCAACUUUUUUUUUUUCCAUAAGGAGUUUUGUUGUUCACCUGCAUAGUGGUACCUGUUGUGCGUCUGUGAUAAUUAAACUUACAAAAACAA